AUGGAGGGCGACAAGCGUGAUCUUGCGGAUCUUCUGAAGGAGGGAGGUGUUGACAGUGAGAUACCUGAAAUCAUUGGGAAAAUUUCGAUGCCAGUUAAGAAACGUGUUUGUGCUCUCAAGAAGGUUCAGCUGGAUAGCAUCGAGGUGGAGGCAAAAUUCUACGAUCGAGUUCAUCAACUUGAAAAGGAGUUUGAGGCGGAGUUCAACAAGCUUUAUGAGCAGCGAAGAAAAAUUGUUGCUGGCGAGUACGAGCCUACUGAUGAGGAGUCCAAGUUACCUAUCAUCCAUGGCUUGGAAGAGGACGAAAUUAAGGCCCUCAACGACAAGUCCGAACCUGAUGAUGGCUCGAAAGGAGUGCCUUCCUUCUGGCUUCACGUUUUGAAGGGAUCUGACAUGACCCGGGAUAUGAUCCAGGAGCAUGACGAACCUAUUCUGAAACACCUUACUGAUAUUACUACUACCAUCGAGGUUGAUCCUCACGGUUUUACCAUCUAUUUCCAUUUCUCCCCCAAUGAGUUCUUCACUAACACAGUUCUAAAGAAGCAGUACUUCCUCGAAAUCAAGCCCGAUCCAGAAGACCCCUUCAGUUUCGACGGACCAUCUGUUGUGCGUGCUGUUGGGGACACUAUUCAAUGGAAUGAGGGCAAGAAUAUCACCAAGAAGGUUGUGAAGAAGAAGCUGAAAAAAGGAAGCAAUGCUGGGAAAUUUGUUACGAAAACGAUAAAGGCUGAUAGCUUCUUCAAUUUCUUCGACACGAUCGUUCCUCCCACUGAAGAGCACAAGAACGAGGAUGAUGAUGAAGAAGAUUCUCAUGACCUGAUGCGAGCUGACUUCGAAAUCGGGCAAGUACUCCGUGACAAUAUUAUUCCUCGUGCGGUGCUAUUCUUUACUGGUGAAGCAGAUCUUGGCGAUGACAUAUUCGACAUUGGCGAGGAUGGUGAUGAUGACGAAGAGGAGGAUGAAGAUGAAUAUGACGAGUAG